AUGAAAAGGCACAAGAUCUACGAUGUUUAUACGGAAGUUCCUCGAACCUCAAUACGUUUAGAAAACAUUAAAGAUUUAUUUUAUCCCAAUGAAGACACAAAGGGAGAAUUUCCUCGUAGCAUUCUGGCGAUUGGAAAGCCUGGAAUUGGAAAAACGGUCUUGACCGAAAAAAUUCUCCGUGACUGGGCUAAUGAAAUUGAUGAAUAUUAUUCUGACAAGAUUGCCUUCUUUUUCAAACUCAGAUGGUUCAAUGACAAUGAAAAAUUAACAAAUUUAUCUCUUAAGACAUUUCUUCAGCUCGGAACGAGACUGAACGAAGAAAAAUUUGAAAGUAUUUAUAAAGAAAUUGCAAAAGAGCCACAAAAAGCCAUUCUUAUUUUCGAUGGUUUGGAUGAAUUCCAUGGCAAUCCUAUAAGUUGCUUUGGUCAAUCCACGAUGAUUCCAGAUGACCCUAAUACUUGCAUGUCUGCAAUGAAUUUAUUCAUUAAUCUGAUGUUGGGAAAUUUGUUGAAAAGAGCAACGGUUCUAGUAACAAGCAGACUGACCGCAGAUGAUUUUUAUUCCAGGCUUUAUUUUGAUCGAAAUGUGGAGAUUACUGGUUUCACCCAGGAUAAAAUCGAAGAGUAUGUCAGCCGAUUUUGUGAUAAUAACAACAGAAGCGACCUUAAAUCAAGGAUAUGGAGGCAUAUCAAAUCCUCACCAGAACUAUUGAACUUGUGUUAUAUUCCAGUAAACUGUUUCAUCGUAUGUGUUAUCCUGUUUGAAUGUCUUAGUGACCCAAGAAAUGAUAUCGGUGCUCCUCCAACAACUCUGACAGAACUUUACCAGACAGCCGUCAAUCAGUUUGAAAAAUAUCAUCACAGAAAUGCAGACAGAAACCCUACUAUGACGGAGGAAGCGUUAAAGGAACUUCAACGAUUAGCAUUCGGCGGUAUGGAGAAUGGGCAACUGGUCUUUAAUCAAGAAUUGUUUGAUGAGCAAAUGAAAACAUCCGGUUUAUUGAACAGUUUACCCAAGCCUAUUUUCCCAAAUCAAACACAAUUUUGUUUUAUCCAUUUAACCAUACAAGAAUUUCUUGCUGCAAGGCACGUGACUGAAACACUCGCUCCACUCGAAAUAAAGAAGUUUAUUUUCGAUCAUAUUAGAAGUGGUAAAUGGCAUUUAGUUCUUCAGUUCCUUGCAGGACUUUUGGGCAAGAAAAUCAAGAAUUUUCGUAGGGAAUACACGGAUUGUGUUUUCGCGUUUGCAGAAAGGUUCCAAGUUACUCAUGGUAAAAUUGAACUUAAUUACAACGAAGUGUUUGUAAUGACGUGUUUAAGAGAAGUGGAUGAUGAAGAGAUUGUUAAAGACGUUUGCGAGACCACUGCCCUAAAUGUUGUUGUACAUCUUCAUGGUGGUUCACAUAUUGUUUCUCCAAGUGAGUGGGCGGCGAGAAAGUUUGUUUGCAAACACAUGAAGAAUUUAGAAUUGAAUAAAGGUGAGUAUUACCCUUCCAAUAUAAGAUCAAGAAGUCCUACUAUUAUUACAUGA